GACCGAUGCCCAGGCAACGUGGAAUCGGCCACGACAGUUCAGUUCGUGACAGGACCUAAUUGUCGCAGCCAAGACGACAAGAUCAUCCUUAGAUCCCGAAUAAUGGAUCAUUCAGUCAUUCAUCGAGGUUAUCGACUGCACCUUCGUCCGUCUUGUCCAUCCUACCGACGAACUCGUACCCUCAAUUCAUAAAGUGUACAUGACUUUUCAUGAUCAAAUGCCCUGCACGAAGACUCUAGGCUCCUCCAACACGCAGUAUUUGACGUAUUCUGGCCCGAUGGUUUACAAGGAGAAGAAAAUCCGUAAUAUAAAGGGCUGUGUUCUUCUUUGCGGAAGACGUAGGCCCCGACGCACAUGCAAGCAGGCAUACGUACCUUCUUACGUUCUAAGAAUGCCAUCCUUGAAUCCAGAAUCGUGGCCUAUCCAUCAGCGCUUCCUGACAGCGCUCUCCUUUAUUACAUUCUUUUUGGUAGCGAUCACGCUCCCUUGGUUUAUAAAAUCGCGAAACAUUGGAUGCAUCUUGUACAUCUUCUGGGUCGGCUUGCAAUGCCUCGGGCAUUUUAUCAACGACAUAAUCUGGAGCGACAAUACUGCGUACCAUGCUCCAAUCUGGUGCGAGAUCUGGAUUAGAUUCGAGUUCGCAUCUAGCAUGGGGGUAGUUUGUGCCGGUCUUGUGAUUGCGAGACGAAUAUCCAACGUCGUGACAGUGACCACCGCGACGUUACCAAAGGAGGAUCGCCGGCGACAAAUGUAUACAGAUUUGGCUAUUGGGCUGGUUCCACCUUCUACACAACUUAUAGCGUUCUACUUCAUACAAGGGCACCGAUACAAUAUAUUCGAAGGCUUAGGCUGUUCGCUGGCGACACCCUCAUCAAUCCUGUACAUCUCCUUGACUUCGAUUUGGGGUGUCAUAAUUGGCCUCAUCUCUGCUUUCUAUUGUUGUAGAACACUCUAUGCACUGUACAAGCGACACCGACAAAUCAAACAGGUUCUGCUUGCUUCGAACGUGGACAUGCAACACUUUUACCGCCUCAUUGCCAUGGCUGUCAUCGAGAUGUGUAGUACUGUCCCGCUGUGUUUAUGGAGCCUGGUAACUUGUGUGGAGUCCUAUUACCCCUGGAACGGAUUUGCCGACCUUCAUCUCGACUUUGACCGUAUCGAGCGUUAUCCAGCUCUACUUUGGAUCACCAUCGGCGAGUACUCGACACUUGAAGACCAGUGGUUUUCCGUUGGCUGUGGCCUCAUCUUCUUUGGUAUAUUCGGCUUCACACAGGAAGCGCGUAACAAAUACAGGCAACUUCUAGGGCUCCCUGCUACGAAGAUCCCUGCCCCAAUUUUCACCCCAGAAGGAUCUCAACCUCAGCAAGGGAGAGUGCUCACCGUAUGGCCGUACUGGUGGAAGAUGAGGAGGACAGAGGACCAUGCUCGCACAACUUUGGAGUUUCAUAUAGAAACAUCUCAGACGAGGCUCUCCUCACAAACUGUUGCACAACAAACCAACACAGACAGCAUCGUUUAGCUUCAUUGGUAUCUCAUUGGUACCGUUGUAUUUUCCGUCAGUUCAAGACACCCAGUCACCUUACCCAUCGUCUUCCUCCACUCAUUUUUGUUUUGACCACCUUCCCCACCUUACCUCAAUCGAAAACGAUCGUAUUUACACACUAGCCAUUUAAACUGAACAGUAAUGACAAACGAUUGUAGUAGUACAGUAGUGACUAGUAGCAGAUGUAGGCUUGUCACUGACGUUAUCACAUUUGAUAUGGCAUGCUUAU